AUGAAUGUUAUUUUAUCAUCUAAUAUUUCUUCACAAUAUAUACAAAUAUUUACUAAUAGAUUGAAUAAGACAGCUAUUGAAAUACUUUUGCAAUUAUUUAAUUAUAUAGGUGCAUUUCAUCUUAUUUGUUUAUCAACGAGAAGAAUAGAUAUUGGUACUUGUUCAGAUAUUAUUAUUGGCAAAUCGUCUGGUUUAUUUAUGUGCGUAGACCGUUGUGUUGUAUAUUAUGAUGAAUAUAUCGUUUGUGCCAUUAGAGCACCAAUUAUGCUACAAGCAAUGAAUAAUCGAUUAACUUAUAAAUUUCUUUUUAUUGAACGUCGUUUAUAUUUACAACCCAGAGUGUAUCAAGAACAACCUGAAUUAGUCAAAAUUGAUAAUAUUAAUGAAACUCUGACAUUUCGAUGGUUUCCAAAAGUUGCUGGAUAUUUUCCAUCAGGUAUAAAAAUGGUUAUAUAUGGAACAAUAGUUCAUUUUGGUACAACUAAUUAUACAACGAAUAUGACACUAAAACCUGGUUUAGCUGUCAUAGAUUCAACAAGUACUACUAAUUUUAAUUGUACAAAUUAUGAAUCAAAUGAGAAACCAUUAAAAGUAAAUUUAUCAAAAAUAAUUUCAUCCAAUGAAAUUAAGAUAACUACUAAUAUAUUAAACAAAAAUACAAUUAAUAUUCGACUUGAAGCAAAAAAUUACGUUGGAAUUUUUCAUUUAUUAUGUUAUGUUAAUGGCGAACAAACUAAAGGCACUCGUGCUGAUGUUAUUGUCAAAGCUGCGCCAGGUGUACUUCAACUCAUCGAGCGAUGUCGAGUCUAUGAUAAACAAUAUAUUAAAUGUCGGAUUCGAGCACCAACUAUAGCACGUGCUAUUCAAAAUGAUUAUCCAGCUAAAUUUGAAUUUAAUGAAAUCAGUCAUUCUCAUGAUAAUUUAGCUUAUAUAACACGUUUUGAAUUCUUAAAAAAUGAAAGUACAAAUGAAUAUUUAACAUUUAAAUGGAGACCAACUGCAGAUGGAGAAUUUCCAGAUAAAGUUCGAAUGCAUAUGAAAGCAAUAUUACCUCAUUUUAAUGUCUCAUCUUAUAAUUUUGAUAUGACACCGAUUUUUCGAAUAACACCAAAAUUUACUUUACAAGCAAUAUCAUCAAGUGAAAUUCAAAUUAAACUUGCAUCUAUAUCUCCAGCAGCAUUUUGUGAUAAAAGUAUUAUACCAAAACUAGGUUCAAAUAUCAAUCGAACAUGGACAAUAGUUGAAGCAAAUCGAAAUACUAUUAUAAUUGAUAAACUUCUAUCUGAUUCUGUCUAUCGUGUAUGUAUGAAAUGUCGACAAACCUAUACUGAUCCAGAUGGUAUGGAAGAAUGUCAAGAAAUUAAAACGUUGAGUAAAUUCAAUUUUCUUUAUAAUCAAAAUUAUUUUAUCUUCAUUAUAAUUAUUGUAAUCUUAAUUUUAUUCAUUAUUCUUGGUAUUGGCUUUUAUUGUUGGAAAUAUCAACAAAAUCUUAAAUAUCAACAAGUUGCUAAUGGAAAAAUAUUCAAAAUAACAAGUCUAAAUGGAUACGACGGAUCUGUUCGACAUGAGACAAUAUCAAGUGGUUCAAUAAAUACAAGUAGUCCAUAUUCAGCACAAUCAUCUACUCUAAAUGACAUGGAUGUUGAUAAUGAUUGCUUAAUCGAAAAUAAUAAUGAUGAAUAUUUACCACUUGCAUCAAUAACAGAAGUUAUAGAAAUGAGUUCACCACCAAAAAUAUUACCUCGAAACGAAAAUUAA